CUGCUCCAGCUGUUACUCAGGGUAAGAGCCAUCUCUCUUUUUAAGGCGGAUUUCAUGUCCUGCUUCGGAUUGUUUGACUAUCCAAAGCAGUCAAACAGGCCUGUUUGACUGCUUUGACUAUAUAAAUUUGGUGAAUUUAUAUAGUCAAGCAGACUUAUAUAAAUUCUGUCGAAAUGUGUGACCUGUCUAGAAACAAAGGAGGUCUGUCAGAGUCUGAUGGUGUCUGAGAACAUGCUGACGGUCAACAUGUUACUGAGGGUCUUCUUUCUUCCAGGUGCUUUGGCUGGUUGUCCCAGUUCUUUCCUCUUUGUUAACAUGCCUCGUCAGAUGGAAGCACUGAGUGGAUCUUGUCUGCAAAUCCCAUGUAGCUUCAGUGUAACUCAUCCUGAGUAUAACGCCACUAAUUCGAUCCUUGGAAUUUGGUUUAAAAAUACCACAGUUACCUCCUCCAACCCAAACCCUCUUAUUUUCAAAAGCGAUGGGUCAGUCAACAAGUAUUCACUGAACAUGAUUGGAAACAUGAAUGAGGAAAACUGUACCACUGUGUUUCCUGAUUUAAAGACUACUUAUACUGACACUUACUACCUCCGCAUUGAGAAGGGGAAAUUCAAAGCAAACGCCGUCUGUGAACCUCUUCAUAUAACAGUAGGAGAUUCUCCUUGGAGUCCCAGCAUUAAUGUUCCCUCUGAGCUGAAGGAGCAUCAGUCUGUCACUGUAACCUGCUCAGCUUUCACUCCGUGUCCACAAUCACCUCCUGAACUCACCUGGAAUCUCCAACAAGACUCUCUCAGACAAACAGAGAAAAACACAGAUGGAGCCUUUACGACUAAACUCCAGGAGAACAUCACUCUGUCAGACACACAUGAUGGAUACAUCAUCAGAUGUUCUGCCAGAUAUCCUGUGAUUUUAGGAAACAAGACAGAAGAGACAAAAGUGACUCUCAAUGUUUCAUAUGCUCCUAGAAACACCUCAGCAUCCAUCAGUCCAUCAGGUUUGGUGUCAGCAGGUAGCUGGGUGGAGCUGAACUGCUCCAGCAGAGCCAAACCUCCACCCAGCUUCACCUGGUUCAGGAACAGCAAAGAUGGAGCCAUGAAUGUGUCUGUGGGGCAGGUUCACAGCUUCAAUGUUACUGAGGGAGGAGAGUAUUACUGUGUGGCUACAAAUAAUCUGGGCAAUGAUUCAUCAUCAAGGAUCUGUAUUAGUACUAAAGGUAAAGAUUCUCCUUGGAGACCCAGCAUUAAUCUUCCAUCUGACCUGAAGGAGCAUCAGUCUGUCACUAUAACCUGCUCAGCUUCAACUCCGUGUCCACACUCACCUCCUGAACUCACCUGGAAUCUCCAACAAGACUCUCUCAGACAAACAGAGAAAAACACAGAUGGAGCCUUUACGACUAAACUCCAGGAGAACAUCACUCUGUCAGACACACAUGAUGGAUACAUCAUCAGAUGUUCUGCCAGAUAUCCUGUGAUUUUAGGAAACAAGACAGAAGAGACAAAAGUGACUCUCAAUGUUUCAUAUGCUCCUAGAAACACCUCAGCAUCCAUCAGUCCAUCAGGUUUGGUGUCAGCAGGUAGCGGGGUGGAGCUGAGCUGCUCCAGCAGAGCCAAACCUCCACCCAGCCUCACCUGGUUUAAGAACAGUUCAGAAGGAGCCAUUAAGUUAUCUGUGGGCCAGGUUCAUAGCUUCAGUGCCAUACAGGGAGGUGAAUAUUAUUGUAUAGCCAUAAAUGAUCUGGGAAAUCAAACAUCUCCAGUGAUCCAUGUUACUGUCACUGGUUUGCCAUUUAACCCUCUUUACUGGGGAAUCAUUCCAGUAGGAUGUAUAAUGUUCAUCUGUCUCUUUGCUGGCUUUUGGUACUUUAUCUCCAAAUACCGAGCUCCCAAACUGACUCAGACUCAAAACAGCGAUGUCCAAAUGUCAGCCGCUAAACCAGAGGAACAAUUGCAUUAUGGAGAAAUAGCAUUUUGCAGAAAGACGCCUGAAACGUCCUCCGAAUUGGUGCAGCACAACGAACAGACUGUGUACGCGGAGGUAAAAUUGUCGCAGCGAGGAAUCAGCUCAUAGCAGACUCCUGAGAACCCCGAGGAUCUUAGCUGUGAAGAAAAGAAAGAAUAAUUUCUGUUGUGUGAUGGCAAACAUCUAAGUUUUGUCUGUGUAAGGGGAAAGGUUAUGAUAAAGAUGGAGAGUCUGCACCUCAAGACCUUGUCACCCUCCAAUGCGCAUGCUUCUGUCACUUAUUAGGGAUGAAUGAAAUUGAUUGAAAGGUUUUCUAUGAUAUUUUGUAAUAUUUAUUGGAAUAACAACAAGAGUGAUGAGAAAACAGAUUUAAUUUCAAUCUCCUUUGGUAAAAGACUAUGGCUGUGAGUGAAUUUCCCCUCAAAGCUACCAUUUAAGCUGGAGUCGGAUUUAGCCUCGCGCUCGAGGUAACAGAGUUCCAAUUAAUAUAGUCAAAGAAAUAAGCAUUUUAACAUGACGUCCAAGAAGAAAUGGUUCACCGUACCUCUCACAAACAUUGCUUAAAGAAUUACUAUGCAUACAAAAGCACAACUUUUAAUUUGUUCAGUUUACAGUUACUGGUGCUACAUGUAACAAUGUAGCACUCUUCCAUCAUAGAUACUUCUGUUGAUGCCUGGAGCGGCCAUGUUGAUUUGUGAAUUUACCGUCACCAGUUGCAACUGUCAGAGGUGCUACCUCUGUCCCAGUGUGAAGUCCGACUUCAGGGGGUCAUUUUUCCAACUGAGGAGUCAGAAACUUUGAGUACCAACUACAAAUGGAGCGCAAGAAGUUCCUUAACUUUGAAAUUUGAGUAAAAAAAUUUUACUCAAAUCUAGUAACAUUAGAAAACCAUGUAGAAAAAGGUUUGAUUAAACAAAAAAUCCUGUGGUUUUCUAGAAACACUAGAAAACCAGUUUGUUUUUUUUUUACUUUAAGGUGGUUCUAAAUAGUCAUGGAAAAUUUCAGAACCAAGUUAUUGCUGUUAUGUCCUAAUACGUAAAACAUGCAGAUUAUUAGAGAUUGUACUUUCUUUUUGUUUCCUUACUUUCUUUCUUUUUUUACUUAGACCGUAACUAUAUAGCACAAUGUUUUAUGUUGAAUGAUAGAUUGCAGGUUAGUUGGUGUUUCUGGUAAUGUCUGGACUUCCCAUUUCUGUAGUGACUAGUGAUUAUUCACAAUUUGUGGUCAAAUUGUGCUAUUGUACAAGACAAUGCAUUAGUUCUCUGCAUUAUGAACAAGCUAUUAUGUGGACAAUGUUGCUAAUUUUUUUUUGUUCAAAAAAGGAAGGGUUGCCUUCCCUUUUCCAAGGUUCAGUGAAUGGCACACGAUUUUAAAACUCAGUAAACGCACAAAUAAGGAAGUAAAGUUUUUUUUUCUUUUUCUGAAGCUCAGAAAAUGAUUGUUUUCUAUACGUUCACCUGUUGCCAGUAAAAUAAUUAGCACAUUUUCCGGAAUUUAAACUUAUAUUACUCAGUUUGUGCUUUUCUCCUAUUUUUCCCUUCAUCACAGAAAUAACGGCGCUCGUAAAAUAACAUGCUUUAGCAUUUGUUGGGUAAGUGUGCCAAUGUGUGUUUUUUAAUCAAAGCUGGUGGGAAAAUAUAACUUCUGUAAUCUUUAAAAAAAAAAAAAAAUCUUGCCUUAUAAAUAAGCUGGGACAAUUAUUCUUCAAUUAUUCUUUUUAACUUUCCCUUGACUUAUGUAACAUGUUAAAUGCUUAUUAGAUAAAAUAAACCCAUUA